AGUAUAUAUAAAAUAUAUUUGUGUAUGAAUCCAUUGAUAAUAUAGUUAACAAUUAGCCUUUUUGUUCUUUAUUAGAAUUCAACUCUCUGUGGCCUCACGUAAGUUUGAAGGGAAGUCUAUUAGAUAAGCAAGUUUUCCGAUAAAAUGGGUAAGGAAAAGACUCAUAUUAACUUGGUCGUCAUUGGCCACGUCGAUAGUGGUAAAUCCACAACCACUGGUCACUUGAUUUACAAGUUGGGUGGUAUUGACAAGCGUACCAUCGAAAAGUUCGAAAAAGAAUCCAGCGAUAUGGGUAAGGGUUCCUUCAAGUACGCUUGGGUCUUGGACAAGCUCAAGAACGAACGUGAGCGUGGUAUCACUAUUGAUAUUACCUUGUGGAAGUUCGAGACAGGCAAGUACUACUACACUGUCAUUGACGCUCCUGGACAUCGUGAUUUCAUUAAGAACAUGAUUACUGGUACCUCUCAGGCUGAUGUUGCUAUGCUUGUUGUCCCAGCUGAGGCUGGUGGUUUUGAGGCUGCUUUCUCCAAGGAAGGUCAAACCCGUGAGCAUGCCUUGUUGGCCUUCACUCUUGGUGUGAAGCAAAUGAUUUGCGCUAUCAACAAGAUGGACAAGUGCGACUACAAGGAGGACCGUUACAGCGAAAUUCAAAAGGAAGUUUGCGGUUACUUGAAGAAGGUCGGAUACAAUGUUGAGAAGGUACCAUUUGUCCCAAUUUCUGGUUUUGUUGGUGACAACAUGAUUGACAGGUCCGACAAGAUGCCAUGGUACAAGGGCAAGAUUUUGGUUGAGGCUUUGGAUUUGAUGGAGCCACCAAAGCGUCCUGUUGACAGGCCACUUCGUCUCCCAUUGCAAGGUGUAUACAAGAUUGGUGGUAUUGGCACUGUCCCUGUUGGUCGUGUUGAGACUGGUCAAUUGAAGGCUGGUAUGAUUUUGACCUUUGCUCCAAACCCAAUUACAACUGAGUGCAAGUCCGUUGAAAUGCAUCACGAAGUUGUUGAGGUUGCUGUACCUGGUGACAACGUUGGUUUCAAUGUAAAGAACGUCUCCACCUCCGAUAUCCGUGCUGGACAUGUUGCCUCUGACUCUAAGAACGACCCAGCCAAGGAAACUGUUUCCUUCCACGCUCAGGUCAUUGUUCUCAACCACCCCGGUACUAUCAAAGCUGGUUAUGCUCCCGUUGUUGAUUGCCACACUGCUCAUAUUUCCUGCAAGUUCGAUGAAAUCACUUCUCGUAUGGACAAGCGUACUGGUAAGACCCUUGAGGAGAAUCCCAAGACCAUCAAGAAUGGUGAUGCUGCUAUGGUUACCUUGAAGCCAAACAAACCUAUGGUUGUCGAAACCUUCACUGAGUACGCUCCACUCGGUCGUUUUGCUGUCCGUGACAUGAAGCAAACCGUCGCUGUUGGUGUUAUCAAGACCGUUGAGAAGAAGGAACCUGGAUCAUCCGCCAAGAUCACCAAGUCAGCUGCUAAGGCCGCCAAGAAGUAAUCAACUUUUAUAUUCAACGUUU